UCGAAUCGAGCAGUUUAGUUUUAUUUUUGCUCUUCCUCCGCCUCAAGGAAGCCCCGAAAAUGCUACAAAUUUUACUUGCUGGAGCGACAAACAUUUGCAGGAAGCAGACGCCGCAUUGUAUAAAUAAAUUGCAGUUCGUUGCCAGCGUGCGACAGAAUUUAUUGCGACAAGCAAAACGUGAAUUCACCAAAAUUUCCACACCUGUCAAGCCGGAAACUGGAAAUGUCUUUAAAUUAUCACGAUUUCUCGUGUUAGGAGGCACCGGAAUUUCCCUCGCGCUGCAUCUGAGGAACCAAAAUCUCGUUGUCGAGUGUCAAGCGAGUCGUUUAAAGGGCCUUCGUCAAUCACAAAAAGACAUAAAAUUCGAUUGGCGGCUUUUUUGGACGUAUUUGAAGCCGCAUUUGGCGAAAUUUCUCGCAGCAAUUGUCACGGCACUCGUCGUUGCUUACCUGAACAUCCAAAUUCCGACGUUGCUGGGCGGUUUGGUGAAUGCACUGUCAAAAUACGCGAAAAAUGCCGCUGAAUUCGAUCGUGGGCAGUUUUUGCAAGACAUGAAACCGCAUGCCAUUAAUUUAUUCACAUGUUACAUCGGACAAAGUAUUUUUACGUUCAUGUACAUUUUACUGCUGAGUCAAAUUGGGGAACAAAUGGCGACAAAAAUCCGUCAAGAUCUUUUCAGGCAAAUAAUUGUACAGGAUUUGGCUUUUUUCGAUGAAAAUCGAACAGGAGAGCUCGUAAAUCGUCUCACGACGGAUGUUCAGGAGUUUAAACACAGUUUUAAGCAGUGUGUGGCGCAAGGCUUACGUUCAAUUGCUCAACUAAUUGGCGGCGGGAUCUCACUUUUCCUCAUUUCGCCGCAUUUGGCGACUGUAGCGCUCGUUUCUGUGCCUGCUGGAGUGCUAAUUGGAUCGAUUUUCGGUGCAAGUUUGCGGAUUUUGAGCAAAAGAUCGCAAAUUCAGUCGGAAAAAGCAACUGCUGUGUGUGAAGAAGCCCUCAGUAAUAUUAGAACCGUGCGAGCAAGUGCCUGUGAGAUGACCGAAGUUGAACUUUUCUCACGAGAAACGGAACAAGCGGCGAUUUUGUCGCAACAACUGGGCACAGGAAUCGCCGCUUUUCAGGCAAUGACGAAUUUAUUCCUCAACGGGAUGGUUUUGGGCACACUUUCGAUCGGGGGAUAUUUGAUGUCGAACGACAGUAUCAGCCCGGGACAGUUAAUGGCAUUUUUAGUUGGGUCCCAAAUCGUUCAACGAAGUCUCGCCCAAGGAUCAAUUUUGUUUGGAACAGUCAUCAAGGGACUUACCGCAGGUUCGAGAGUCUUUGAAUUUUUGUCUGUCGAGCCAAAAGUGAAGUUAAAUGAGGGAAUUCGGCUCAAAAAUGACUCUGUGCAAGGAGAAAUUGUCUUUGAAAAUGUUUCUUUUGUGUAUCCGUCGCGACCUGAGCAGACAAUUCUCAAAGAUUUUAAUCUCGUGCUGAAACCUGGACAAACAAUUGCUUUGGUUGGGCACAGCGGAUGCGGAAAAUCCACAAUUGCUGGCUUAUUAGAGAGAUUUUAUGAACCGACAAGCGGGCGAAUUCUCAUUGAUGGCGUCGAUUUGCGGGAAAUUUGCCCUGAUUGGUUGCGCGGAGAGCUUAUCGGACUAAUUGAGCAACAACCGAUCCUCUUUGGCACGACAAUUCUCGAAAAUAUUCGAUACGGGCGUCCUCAUGCGACACUCGAGGAAAUUCAGGAUGUCGCCAAAGACUCACAAUGUCACGAAUUUAUCACAAAAUUACCUGAGGGAUACGACACGAUGGUUGGCGAACGUGGCAUCCAGUUGAGUGGCGGGCAGCGACAACGAAUCGCUAUUGCACGAGCUCUUUUAAAGUUACCAAAAAUUCUAAUUCUUGAUGAAGCGACGAGUGCCUUGGAUGCCAAUAGUGAAGCAGAGGUACAAAAAACGCUCGAUAUCGCGGCAACACAUCGCACGUCGCUCAUUAUUGCGCAUCGACUGAGCACGAUAAAGAACGCUGAUGUCAUCGUGGUGCUCGACAGCGGGAAAAUUGUCGAAAUGGGAACGCAUGACGCGCUUAUGAGACAACGGGGACACUACUUUGACUUGGUUAAGCAGCAAGAAAGACAGAAAGGGGAACGGGCGCAAGGGUAAAAUGACAAAUUAAUUUUAUUUUAGGGAUAAAAAAUAUUUUUUUUCUUUGUUAGUACAAUUCAUGACGCAAAUCUAGACAAAUUUAUGAGAAUAAAAUUUAUUUUUUUGUUCA